AUGGCAGCUAAUCGGCAACUGGCUUGGCCCUCGUUCUUCCUUCGUCCAUCCAAGGCAACAGCUGUCCUGGGUAUAUGGUAUCCAGGAGAACGAUGUCUUGCGCCUUCGCCAGAUAAUGAAAAACUUUGUGAAGCAAUCAUAAAGUCUGUCACAGUGGAUAAACAUGGGAAUCCACUUGCAGUCAUCUUGUAUUCAGAUUUUCAAGAGAGAGAAGUACCUCUUAAAAGACUUCAAGAAACAAAACCUGUUAAAGACUGCUCCAGGAAUUUCAUAUUUGAUGAUGAAGAUUUGGAGAAACCUUAUUUCCCAGAUCAGAUAUUUCCUUCAUCUGCUGUUGCCUUUCAAUUAUCAGAAGGUGGAGACUCUAUCCCUUUUACUAUUAACAGGUAUCUGAGAGAUUACCAAAGGGAAGGGGCCCAGUUUCUUUAUGGACACUUCAUCCAAGGAAGAGGAUGUAUUCUUGGUGAUGACAUGGGCCUGGGAAAAACAGUACAGGUCAUUUCAUUUUUGGCUGCAGUUUUGCAUAAAAAAGGAACUCGUGAAGAUAUUGAAAAUAACAUGCCAGAGUUUUUACUACGAAGUAUGAAAAAGGAACCCUCUUCUACAGCAAAGAAGAUAUUCUUGAUAGUUGCUCCCCUUUCAGUCCUUUACAAUUGGAGAGAUGAAUUGGACACCUGGGGAUAUUUCAGAGUUGUUCUUUUACAUGGUAACAAAAAAGACCAUGAGUUGAUUCGAAUAAAGCAGAGGAAAUGUGAAAUUGCUCUAACAACUUAUGAAACACUGCGGUUGUGUCUGGAUGAACUGAACAGUUUGAAAUGGUCUGCUGUCAUUGUGGAUGAAGCUCACAGAAUCAAAAAUCCAAAGGCCAGGGUGACAGAAGUUAUGAAAGCUUUAAAAUGUAAAGUUCGUAUUGGCCUUACUGGAACCAUUCUUCAGAAUAACAUGAAGGAACUGUGGUGUGUGAUGGACUGGGCUGUGCCAGGACUUUUAGGCAGCAGAGUACAUUUCAAGAAGCAGUUUUCUGAUCCAGUAGAACAUGGUCAGAGGCAUACAGCAACAAAAAGAGAAUUAGCUACUGGCCGGGAGGCCAUGCAGAGGCUGGCGGAGAAGAUGUCUGGGUGGUUUCUCAGGCGCACAAAAGCUCUCAUCAAGGAUCAGUUACCUAAGAAGGAAGACCGGAUGGUGUACUGUUCUCUGACAGAGUUUCAGAAAGCUGUCUAUCAGGCAGUGUUAGACACCGAAGAUGUAAUUUUGAUACUAAAGUCCUCUGAGCCUUGUCCUUGCAGCAGUGGCCGAAAAAGGCGAAAUUGUUGUUAUAAGACCAAUUCAGAUGGCGAAGCAAUAAAAACCUUGUACUUCAGUUAUCUUGCAGUCCUUCAAAAGGUGGCAAACCACGUCUCUUUGCUGCAGGCUGCUGGUGCUUCCAGACAGCAGGAAACACUUAUCAAAAGGAUCUGUGACCAGGUGUUUUCUAGAUUCCCAGAUUUUAUGCAGAAAAGCAAAGAUGCAGCCUUUGAAACACUUUCUGACCCAAAAUACAGUGGAAAAAUGAAGGUCCUUCAGCAGCUUCUGACUCAUUGCAGGAAAAACAGAGAUAAAGUUCUUCUUUUUUCUUUUUCCACUAAGUUACUUGAUGUGCUGCAACAAUACUGCAUGGCAUCUGGACUCGAUUACCGCCGACUUGAUGGAAGUACCAAAUCAGAGGAAAGAAUCAAGAUCGUGAAAGAGUUCAACAGCACACAGGAUGUCAGUGUUUGCCUUGUCUCCACAAUGGCUGGUGGACUAGGGCUCAACUUUGUUGGUGCCAAUGUUGUUGUAUUAUUUGAUCCUACUUGGAAUCCAGCUAAUGAUCUUCAAGCUAUUGACAGAGCAUAUAGAAUUGGGCAGUGCAGAGAUGUCAAAGUGCUUAGACUGAUCUCCUUGGGAACUGUGGAGGAAAUCAUGUAUUUACGACAAGUAUAUAAGCAGCAACUUCACUGUGCAGUGGUUGGAAGUGAAAAUGCCAAGCGUUAUUUUGAAGCAGUUCAAGGAUCAAAAGAGCAUCAAGGAGAGCUUUUUGGGGUCAAGAAUCUCUUCAAAUUAAGAUCCCAAGGGUCUUGUCUUACAAAGGACAUCUUGGAGAGAGAAGGCCAGGUGGAAGCAGGCGUCAUGACGGCCACCAGCUGGUUGAGAGAGGAGCCUCAAGCACAUCAGCAGGGAGUGCCUAGCAAGGUAAACUGUGAAGAACCCAGAAAUCCAGCGGAACCUGUAGAACUAUUGGCAGAAGAACCAUGUGAUCUCUGCAGUGAUUUUAGUGAUGAUGAAGCAGGGGGAAACUCAAGAGUAAAGAAUAUUACAAACAAAGCAUCUAAUUCAAGUAAAGCUCCGGGUCCUCUCGGCCAACCAACUUUAUUCCAGUGUGGAUUUUCUAAAUUGUUUGAAACACAGUGUAAAGCAGUUAAGGAAAGUGGUGGAAAUAAUGUCUCGCUUGAUGAAAGUUCUGAUGCAGAACCUAUAUCCAGUGAUGUUCAUCAUCAAGAAAGUUCAGACUCUUGUGGUACUUUAAAACAUCAAAAUUCUGGUGCUAUUCAAAAUCCAAAUGAGGAACAUAUUUUAUUUAAAAAUGAGAAAAUAUUGGAGACUUCUUCCGAGUCUGAUGAUGAAAAAAAAAUUAAAAAUACAGCUGACCUAUGUGAUUUCCAGAUUGCCACAGAAUCAGAUGAAAGUGAUAUUAUUUUCCCCACACAACAUCCUACAAAAAGAUUAUCUGAAAAUAACCUAGGGUUGAGGCCACUCGUGGAUGAAUCUGGAGGUUCUGAAACAGAAAACUCUGCAAAAUUAAUUAAUGGUGGUAAUGGUAGAAACGCUGAUAUCAGAGGAAAUGGACUAAUUUCAAAACAGUUAAGUUCUGAGAACAUGCCCCUGAGAUCUCUUAUGAAAAGAAAAAGUACUAGUGAUAUUAGUGAUGAAUCUGAUGACAUUGAAAUUUCCUCCAAGUCAAGAGUAAGAAAACAAAGAAGAAUUGAUGUUUUGAGGCCUAAGAGAAACAGAGAAAAUAAAAGGGAACCUAAAACAGAGAAAACAGGCCAACCAUGUGCAACAAAUGUAUAUUGUCAUUCUCAGACCAUUGAUGAUUUUGUAUCUUCAGAUGAUGAUUUAUCUAUCAACCACAUCAGUUUCUCUAAACAGAGUCAAAGACCAAAAACUGUAAAAGAAAGAAGUUUCUCUUCAAAAUUGCCCACCCAUAAGAAAAAUACCACUUUCCAAUCAAGAAAAGCACUGAAAAUUUCAAAUAAGACAGUUGUUAAUCAAGAACAAGUGUGUGAAUCAAUGGACAAACUUUUAGAUGGUGUUCAGGAAGUAGCUUACGUUCACUCAAACCAGAAUGUGAUUGGAUCGAGCAAAGCUGAAAAUCACAUGAGCCAUUGGGCAGUGCGUGAUGUAUUUGAAUUGAAGCAAUUUUCUCAGCUUCCUGCUAAUAUAGCUGUUUGUACUUCUAAGGCACAUAAAGAAAAAAAAGAGGUAGAUACAUUGAUACAGGUGAAGAAAAAUCAACGCUCAAGUGAAGAAAGCAUUUCACUUCCCCUUUGCCUUUUACAUCCUGUCAACCAGAAAAAGAAAGAAAUCUACUGUACAGAACAGACCACCUUCAUAAUUGGAGAAACUCCAAAAGGAAUCCGCAGAAAACAGUUUGAAGAAAUGGCUUCUUUUAAUUUGUUAUCUGUAAAGGAAUUUGCUGAGCAUAUAACUAAUGCCACUUCAGAAGAACGACAGAAAAUUCUAAAGGACUUUUAUGCUUCUCAGUAUUUGGAGAUAAAAGAAUUUUUUGUGGAUUCUGCCUCAGAAAUCACGAAAUUUUCCAAUAAGCAAGGAGCAAGAGUCAGAAGUAAGUCUGUAAAAAAUGAAUCUCUUCUAAAAGAAAAGUUAGAAUUCGAAACUAUGUCACUGAAAGAUUCUGCCCAAAAAAUUUCUCCAAUUUGCAGUCAAAAAGUUUAUCAGGGAAAAUCAAUUAGGUCCCAAAAUCAUGGUACCUAUAGAGAAGAGGGAAUUUAUAACAAUACAGAAGUUAAAAAAUUGUCUAUAAACUCUAACCAGAAGACUGACAGUGACAAAAGCAGCCAAGCUUCCAAAGGUAACGGAGCAUCUUGUUCUCUGAGUAGUAAAUCUGAAGCCUCUGAGAGAAACCUUGGAGGAGCCAUCAAAGAUCAACAGGACCUCACAGGGACAGACAUUUCAAGAAAUGUGCCACUUUUCACAGUGGAAAACAGAAAGAUGGAAAGUGCAGUGUUAGAAAACACUUCUGUGAUCAACUUGCUUGGUGACACCUCUAUUCUCGAUGACCUCUUUAAAAGUCACGGGAAUAGUCCCACACAGCUGCCAAAGAAAUCUCUUUCAGGGCCCACGGAAAAAACAAAACAGAGACCAAAAGAUUUCUGGGACAUCUUGAAUGAACAGAAUGACGACAGUCUCAGUAAACUCACUGACUUGGCAGUAAUAGAGACUCUGUGUGAAAAAAUGCCCCCAACCACAUCUUCCAGAAGGAGAGAGGAUCCACAGGCUUCGCUUUGGAAAUCAAAUGAGAACUUUUUGUGGAAAAAAAUUAACUCAAGUGAUGAAGGUGAAAAUGCAACUAAUAUACAUGAAUAAUUUAUAAAUACACAAGUGAAUUACUAUGACAGUGAACUUCUGCCAUCACCAUUUGCAACAUUGUACUCCUUAUUUAUUACCUGAACUUGACAACAAGUUGUCAAAACAUGUUUUUAUUAAAUUGUUGAUAUAGGAGUUUGAAAGUCUGACAUGUAAAUGUUAUCUAUCUAUUCAUUUUCCUUGAUAUGAUUCAUCUUUGAAGACUAUAUUAUGAUAUCACUGCUGUUAUGAAAUGGAUAAGAUUUUAGAUUUGUUAUCAUGAGACCUGGAACAUGUAAUUUGUAAUUAUAUGGCUUUAAGUAAGAGAUUUGCCCUGGUAUACAGCCACUUCCUAGUACGAAAGAGAAAUGAAGUGUUUGAACUAGACCAACAUGAAUGUCCUUCUAGUUUAAAAUAUCUGUACUUCACUAUCCCAGAUUCCAUUAAGUCGUAAGCCAACAUAUGCCUAGGACCAAAACCCAGGAAGGCCUCACAUGUGUUUUACACAGUGAGCCAUUUCUCUGCUUUCUUCUAUUUUAUUCCAUGUGAUGUACUCAUGUUCUUAGAAAACAAUUAGUAUUAAAUAUAUGAUGGUCUGCCAAAAUAGUAAAUGUACAACUUUACAAGAUCAAAGCUUCAUGUCUUUCUAUACAAGAUGUGAAUAUUAAGUUAUAUAUUCAGAGAUGAGGAGCUAGUCCAGUGGGUAGAUUAUUUGCUUUGCACAUAGCCUACCCAGAUUCAAUCAAACCCCAGUAUCCCAUAUGGCCCCCUGAGCACUACCAGGAAUAAUCCUGAGUGCAGAGUGAAGAGGAACCCCUGAGCAUUGCCAGGUAUGGCACAAAAACAAACCCCAAAAAAAAAGUGAUGUAUUCAUUACUAUUAGCCACGGAACACCAAUGCCUCAAAUUUUAUAGGACUAUUAUGAUUUAAUCAAUAGAAAACCAAGGAGAGUACUUUUAUUUUACAACAGUAUAAAUAAAUGAGUAAAUUGUCUUGAGUGUUAUAUUUUGUUGAAUCGAUGUAGUUUAUAAACCAAUGGAAUCUGAUCAUUGUUGAAUUCACUCACAUAGAAGCAAUUCCUGAGGAACUCAGGUCUGAAAAAGGAAGCCACAUGGGGGCAGGGCCCAUCCACACAGCUCCUAGCCUUGUCUGGCACAGUGGCACAGAGCCCUGAGCUCUUUGCUGACCCACAUCCAGACACACCAGGGAAGCCUUGAUGAUCUUGCAAGGCUGCCUCAACAGAAUGAGUCAACAAAAUAGCAAUGGAGAGCUCAGACGUCAUGGCCCUCCUUAUUCUGCGGGAAGAGGGCCCUCAGUAUGUGCCAUGAUAUUGAUCAGAAAUAGGGGGAAAUAUUCUUACUUAUGGCACUGAAUAGCCAAGUAGGGCAACAUUGAAAACUAUGAAAUAUGCUUUAUGCCAUGACUCCUGUACUUACGUAUUCAUGAUGUAUGACUGAAAUCAAAUGUUCAUGAAAUCAAAUGUUUAAUCAAUCUUAAGGUAUGCCACAUACUUUAUGUGUGUUUUCUGCAUUUGUAUUUCUUUUCUGAUUCGUGUAUCUGUGUGUUUUUAAAACCCACGAUGAUUGGCACUGAGUUUGAAAAUCAUUGUUUUGAUCACACAGACCUAAAUGGGCCUUCUUCUUCCUCUUCCUCUUCCUUCUCCUCUCCCCCACCCCGUUUCUAUGCCAGAUG